AGUCUUUUCCAUGCAAUUAGCAUUCUCACCUUGGCAGCGUGAUGUUGCACCCCAUUUCAGCAUAAAUUUAUGCAUGUUCAUGCAAAAAUGUGUACAGAAAGAAAUUCUGCAUAGAAUCUACAUUAGUGGUUGGCUUAGCCGAGGCUUUAGUUGCCUUUAAUUCUUCACAAUGAUUGGUUGUUCUCUAAGCUUUUGGGUGUUUGUGUUUGUCACACUCAACAGCAGUAAUAAUAUGCUGAUUGAGAGCACUAGUUUACUCAGGAGUAAGCGGUGGCUGAUAUAUCCGCGACAAGCGCCUACGCGUUUGCUUUUUAUUGCCGGCAUUGGCGUACCAGCGGAUCUGGAGUAUGAAUCUCUUACCGUCGGUUAUACCCUGAAGGGACAAUUUUUUCUGCCCUAUAACGUUACUACUUAUCGUGAAAAUCCAUUUUAUCCCGAGUAUAAAAGUGAAUACAAUGCUACAUAUCAUGGUAAUCAUGGUCAUUAUGGCUGGGAAUCGCGAUCAUCGAAGCUGCGUUGGAAUUUAUAUUCGUGUAUUGCUCAACGACUUGAUAGCUACGGCUAUAGCGGCACUGAAUGCGUACUUAAAGCGAUAUGUGAAGCGAGCUCGCUGAGUUUUCAACGACUUCAUGGUGUCUUCGAACAGAUUGUGCAUAUUUUGCUGAGCCCUAGUAGCUCCGUUGACCAAGCGACGCCACAAAGUGUACAAUAUAUAGAAGCAGAGAAAAUCGGCAGCAGUUCCGGUGAUUGCGGUUUUUACAACUGUAAAAUUAGUAUAUUGGAUUGGAUAUCAAGUGUGCUCAAAGUAGAAUCGUGAAAAUGUUUACAUUUAAUUUCAAAUCUAGCGCAAAAUCAUACAUUUUAUCAAGAAUAUUUUAAAAUUAGUAAUUUAAUUUAAUUUAUUUUGAGACAUCAUUAAAA